GAGGGGGAAACCACUGAGAGGAAGGAAACGAAGAUCACGUCACGAAGAGCAAAAUCGGAGUAAAAAAAAAAAAAAAAAAACGGAGCGAGUGCUAUUUAACGCUACUUGGCUUGACGGGAGCGUGGACCGAGCUGGAGCUUAUCUGUAACCAACAUGUUGUCAUGGACUUGUUCGGCGUGAAAACGGGGGAAAGCCGCUACGCAGUAGCUGUGGAUUUUUUUUUAACUCCUUCUUUUUUGUGUGGAAAUGUGUGAAGACCUCCUCCUUUUCCUCCUCCGUGUGCCUGCCCACUGACGCCUCUUCGUGUGCAUCUUCUCUGCAUAUUUCUUUUUUUUUUUUUUGUAUAUAUAAAAAUAGGAAAAACACAUGAGAAAACACUUCCCGUUGAAACCACUGGGUUUUUAAUUUAUUUAUUCAAGGGAGUUGGCUGGUUUUUCCACGACAAUCUCGAGAGGAGCAUCGUUGGAAUUAACAGACAGCAGAUACCACAAAUCCCAAAAUGAGUGAGCUGGAGCAGCUUCGCCAGGAGGCUGAGCAGCUGAGGAACCAGAUACGAGAUGCCAGAAAAGCAUGUGGGGAUUCCACCUUGACACAGAUUACUGCUGGUUUGGAUCCAGUGGGGCGGAUACAGAUGCGAACAAGACGCACCCUUCGAGGCCAUCUUGCUAAGAUCUAUGCCAUGCAUUGGGGGGCGGAUUCAAGGCUUCUUGUUAGCGCCUCUCAAGAUGGCAAACUGAUCGUGUGGGACAGCUACACCACUAACAAGAUCCACGCCAUCCCCUUGCGCUCCUCCUGGGUGAUGACCUGUGCGUACGCGCCAUCUGGGAACUACGUGGCAUGUGGAGGACUUGAUAACAUCUGCUCCAUUUACUGCCUGAAAACACGUGAGGGGAACGUCAGGAUCAGCAGGGAACUACCUGGACAUACAGGUUACCUGUCAUGUUGCCGUUUCAUUGACGACAAUCAAAUCAUCACGAGUUCAGGAGACACCACCUGCGCGUUGUGGGACAUCGAGACAAGCCAACAGACUACGGUGUUCUCGGGCCACACGGGCGAUGUCAUGAGUCUGUCCCUGGCACCCGACCUGCGCACUUUUGUGUCAGGAGCCUGCGACGCCUCGGUCAAGCUGUGGGACAUUAGAGACAGCAUGUGUAGACAGACCUUCACUGGACACGAGUCGGAUAUCAAUGCCAUCUGUUUCUUCCCCAACGGAAGCGCCUUUGCCACUGGCUCCGACGACGCCACCUGCAGGCUGUUCGACCUGCGCGCAGACCAGGAACUCAGCCUCUAUUGCCAUGACAACAUCAUCUGCGGAAUCACCUCGGUGGCUUUCUCCCGCUCAGGCCGCCUACUGCUGGCGGGCUACGACGACUUUAACUGCAACAUCUGGGAUGCCAUGAAGGGAGACAGGGCAGGAGUCUUGGCCGGCCAUGACAAUCGUGUGAGCUGCCUGGGUGUGACUGAUGAUGGCAUGGCUGUAUCCACCGGGUCCUGGGACAGCUUCCUCAAGAUCUGGAAUUGAAGAACGGCACCCACAUACACAGACAUGCUUCUUGGAACACAAAUGUUUGGACUAAUAUGUAAGGUCCGGCAAAGUGUAACACGUGUACAUAAGACAUAGUAUGACAACUUAGUUUACACCAAUCACACGUGCUACCUUCAGCUGAUUGAAGUGCACAAAUGCAGCUGAAAGGCAACACUCAAACACACACACACACACACACACAUCGUACAAAUUAAAAAAAAAAACACACAAUGUGACCAAAUACAUGUUAAAUCUUUAGCUUUCUUGGAUUAAUACAAAAAUACACAACCAUGACCUGAAGCCUUUUCAAAUGAUACACACACACAAAUACACUUCCCCUCCAGUGAGACACUGCUCAGAAGACACCAUUGGACAAUUCUGUCUUUGUUUACAGUGAAGUCCAAAAUGCACUCAAGACAAAUCCAACUGUAUCCAUGUACUUUCUGUCUCAGUGCCACUUGUGUUGCAGUGAUGCUUUCGGGGGGUGGGGGGAGAACGCGGAAAGGAAUCAUAGGGUAAACUGUUACCAAGGGGGGUAAGAUGAAGAGGAAAAAAAUACACAGAUCCUCGAACAAAAACAUGUUUUAGAAGGUUUUUAUAGCUAUAUGCUCCAUACUCUGCAUUUUUUUUUUUUUUUACUUUUAAUUUCUUCAUGUUCUCUCCGUGUGCCUCAGAUACACCUUAAGGAUUAAUACUAGACUAUUAUUAAGGGGUGAACGUGGCAAAACAGAUUUCAAAAAAAUGCAUUAAGAGGAGUCUGAAUGAAACAGUAAGCAGCCUUCACGCUUUAAUCUGGUGAUCAUGAUGGUCAAAUUGUACAUAUGAAUAAACAAUAGCCUCUCCUGCCAGUGAAUUGAGUCUUCUUAAGCACAGAUGAUGCAAAAAUAUUUGUGAUGUUUACUGUGGUAGGAAAAAGUAUCUGAACUUUUUGGAAUUUCUCACAUUUCUGCAUAAAAUCACCAUCUAAUGUGAUCUGAUCUUUGUCAAAAUCACACAGAGGACGCCAAGAGUUCAGCGCAGAAUACUCAGAGGUAAAAAAGAACCCUAGAGUCUCUGCUAAAGACUUACAGAAAUCACUGGCACAGUCCAAUACCUUUGUGCACACAUCAACCAUAUGUAAAACUAUGGCCAAGAAUGGUCCUCAUGGGAGGACUCCACGGAGGAAGCCACUGCUGUCUAAAAAAAACCCUUGUUGCUCGUUUAAUGUUCGCAAAAAGGCACUUGCAACCUCCACAGAGGUUUUGGCAAAAUAUUUUCUGGACUGAUGAAACCAAAGUUGAAUUGUUUGGGAGUAACACACAAGGUCAUAUGUGGAGGAAAAAUGGAACCGCACACCAACAUCAACUCUUCAUCCCCACCAUGAUGCAUGGUGGAGGGAGAAUCAUGAUUUGGGGCUGUUUUGCUGCCUCCGGGCCUGGACAACUUGCAAUCAUUAAUGGAAAAAUGAAUUCAAAAGUUAAUCAGGAUGUUUUGCAGGAAAACCUGAGGCCGUCUGUCAGACAGUUGAAGUUAAAAAGAGGAUGGAUGCUGCAACAAAACAAUGAUCCAAAACAGAAGUAAAUCAACUUCAGAAUGGUUUCAGAAGAACAAAAUACACGUUGUGGAGUGGCCAAGUCAAAGUCCAGACUUGAAUUCCAUUGAGAUGCUGUGGCAUGACCCAAGACAGCGAUUCAUGCCAGACAUCCCAGGAAUCUGACAGAACUACAGCAGUUUUGUAGAAAAGAAUGGGCCAAGAAUAGUCCUGAUCGAUGUGUCAGACUGAUCUGCAGCUACAGGAAGCGUCUGGUUGAAGUUAUUGCUGCCAAAGUGGGGGGCCAACAAAUAUUAAAUAUGAUGGUUCACAUACUUAUUUUCCCCCUUUUGUCAUUGUUUGCAUACUAUCUUCAUUAAAAUAUGAAAACCUAUUAAUGUUUGGGCGGUUUUAGUUAAAACAGACACUGUUUUUACAUCUGUGUGAUUUUUAUGAUUUUUAUGGUGAUUUUAUGCAGAAAUGUGAGAAGCUCUUUUAUUUUUAGAUGUAGUUUAAAUGGAACAGCUAACUUGCACAGUAGUGCAAUGUGUCAUAAAUGUCAUCACAUGUGAAUGUGGGGAAAACCCCAAGUUCUAAUAAGUGGCGCUUGAAAGAACCAAAUUUGAAGUCAUGGAAUGAUACAAAAUUUGAGCGUAAUGACGAUGUUUUUUCUUUAGAUGAAACUGAAUAUUUAUAUUUCAAACCGCUUUUGGUCAUAAAUCAGAAUCCUGUAACUAUAACAUAUUUUAGAUUAGAAUAGGUUGCAAUUGGCAUGCAUCUGUUUCAAACUGUUAGUGGGUCAUCAGCAGCGCCACCAUGUGGCAAAAAUACCAAAGCGCACUUGUCUGUCAAUCAGAGACGUUUUCAGAACAACUUAAAUUAAGUACAAUAAAAUGAGCCAUACGUGAGAUGAAUAGAUUUUUAUUCUGCAUUAGACAUGAACACAAUCAUUUGAAAGUUUUAAAGCGCUUAUGAAAUACACUCUGGAGUUAACCUCUCACAAAUAAGAAACAUCUGCAAACUAAAACACUGCAAUGUUUACCGCCAUUAAAAAAAAAAAAAAAAAAAAA